CAAGGCCCGGCGGCCUCCCCUUUAAGAACCGCCGCCGCCGCCCACGUCCCGCCGCUGCGGCAGGGACCUCGCCUUUAACGCCACAGCUCCGAGCUCGCUGCCCUCGCGGCGGCCGCUGCCGCUACCGCAGUCCCCCGGCCUUGGGCAUCUGCAUCCUCACGGGCCGGUCCCCGCCCCGCCCGCGCCCGGGCCCGCCAUGGUGUCCUGGAUCAUCUCUCGCCUGGUGGUGCUCAUCUUUGGCACCCUGUACCCAGCCUAUUCUUCCUACAAGGCGGUGAAGACCAAAAAUGUGAAGGAAUAUGUGAAAUGGAUGAUGUACUGGAUCGUCUUUGCCUUCUUCACCACAGCCGAGACACUCACAGACAUCGUGCUCUCCUGGUUCCCCUUCUACUUUGAGCUCAAGAUCGCCUUUGUGAUAUGGCUGCUGUCCCCUUACACCAAGGGCUCCAGCGUGCUCUACCGAAAGUUCGUGCACCCGACAUUGUCCAACAAGGAGAAGGAGAUCGACGAGUACAUCACACAGGCCCGAGACAAGAGCUAUGAGACCAUGAUGAGGGUGGGCAAGAGGGGCCUGAACCUGGCCGCCAAUGCUGCCGUCACAGCUGCUGCCAAGGGCCAGGGGGUGCUGUCAGAGAAGCUCCGGAGCUUCAGCAUGCAGGACCUGACGCUGAUCCGAGACGAGGAUGCACUGCCCCUGCAGGGGCCCGACAGCCGCCUCCGACCCAGCCCUGGCGGCCUCCUGGACACCGUUGAGGACUUAGGAGAUGACCCUGCUCUGAGUUUAAGGUCUAGCACAAACCAUGCCGAUCCCCGGACAGAGGCCUCAGAGGAUGACAUGGGAGACAAGGCCCCCAAGAGGGUCAAAUCCAUCAAAAAAGUACCCAAAGCUGAGCCACUGGCUCCCAAGACAUUGAAGACCCGGCCGAAGAAGAAGAGCUCUGGCGGGGGCGACUCAGCGUGAUGUUCACACCCCAGGCUGCAGUGUUCAGAGUGAGGAGGAAGCCCCAGGUCGGGCACAGCCCCGCCCCUGCUCCACACUGUGCCACUAGCCCAGGUGUCUCAGCCCUAGGACCCCCUCCGGUGCCCAUUUCUGGGGCCCACCCAGUGGCCACUUCUCUGGAGGGGGCCUGGAAAAGAGGAGGGGGGCCCAGCUGUGGAGGGUGAUGGCAGAGACUGGCCCAGGCUCUGUGGACUGAGCCCUCAAGGAGGUCGGGGGCUCCCCAGCCUGCCUGCUCCUAUGCCCACGCUUGCCCUGCACCACCCAUGCAGUGCCUUGCUGAAGACCGUGGCCAGCCCUUCUCUGAGCCCUGACAUGCCUGCUGCUCUCCCCGGGUUGGAAAGGGGACCAGUCACAGCAAAGGGCAAGGAGGGGCCUGAAGGCACCAGAAGAAAAGGAGCAAAUGGGGCACAGGCCUCAGGAGCCUGGGCAGCUGCCAGUGCAGCACAUGGGGUUGGUGUGGGUUUAAACGACUGGGAUGGCCCACCCAGAGCCGCAGCUGUGGGCCUGUGUGCUACCUGUCCCCAUUAGAGAUGGGGCUCCAGGGUUGUGCACGCGUGUGUGUAUGUAUCUUACUGGGGCUGGGGUGGCGGGAGUUUGGGUGGACUCUCCCUCCAGGGGUCACCUCCUCCCACUCUCAGGCCUGGCCUUUCCCUUUCUUGACCCUCCCUGCUAGUCUGAGCCUUGGAGGACUCCAGCCCAUCGCAGCAUGGGGCUCUGAGGCACCUCUCACCUCCCCCUCUGUCCUUGAUCCCUGUCACCUCACCCGUUCCCUCCCUGCCUGGCCCUGGGCUGGACUCCUCCAAUCCUGGGGCCCACCUGCUGAGCUGGCUUCCUUCCGGGGAACCCAUCCUUUCUUGCCCAGGGCCCCCUUCCUGUGCCAAGCAGACCCCUGUCAGAGUCCACCUCAGCCUCACACCCUGCCCUGCUUCUGCCAUGGCUUCAGUCAGGGACAGGAGGAAGUUGUGAAGAAGAAAGAAAUGCAAGAACCAAGGGGCUCCCCAAUCCUUGGAAGAGGCUGUGCAUUGGACCUUUGGCAAUGGAUGAGCCAAUAAACCAAACUCUGGCACCUCA